AUGGCCAGCUUCAGAGAGGGCAAGCUCUUCCGGGCUGCUUUAGAGGCAGAGGAGGCCGCCGUCGGUCAGUGUCUUGAAGAGAUCGUGCGUGCGGACGUGAGGCGAGAUGAGCUCAUGCCGCCCAGGCCGGGGCGUUCGGAGCCGCUCGCGGCGGAGCUGCCGGCAACCGCCAGGGUCGUUCCGUGUGAAUGCGGGGAGGGGAGGAAGCUACGGGAGUUCAGCGUGGUGGUGGCCUUGGCCACGCUGAUCCUGGUGGCUUUCUGUAUUUUCUUCGUUCAGGUGGAGAACGAUCUUCAACCUGUGGCUUCGCCACCGUUUCGCUUCUCGGUGAAGCUCGCUCGGCUCCGAGCCAAGCCCAAGGAGACGAGGAUUCCUCAGCAACUGGUCCUGACGUCCAAGGAUGGCUCCAUCAAUUCCCUCCCGGUGGCAGUGCAGCGGAAUGUGCGGCAUACGAUGGCACUGAACCCUUGGGUCAAGGUGCGCUUUUUGGGCGACCAGGACUGCGAACGUUACUUGCUGCAGCACUUCAACCAUACUCAGCUCCCCCUUUUCUUCAAUCAGGAGACCAGGGGCUCCUAUCGGAGUGAUGUGUGCCGAGCGGCGGUGCUGGCGCGUGAAGGCGGCUUCUACACGGACUUGGACGUGGAAAUGAAAUGGAAGUUCGAGGACCUGGCCGGCAACGCGACCACCUUCUUGGCGAGCUGGACGGAGGAUGGCUCCGUGUUGAAUGCCAUGAUGGGCUGCACAGCCAACUCCUCCUUCAUGCUGGAAGUGAUAGAGCAACUCCUGAGAUUCUACAAGGGAGAGCCCGUGGAGCGCUAUGGGAGCACCAGCGAGUGGAUGGGCCCGGUGACCGCCUUGGCGGGGCUCAAGGCUGUGGCUGCACGCGACUGUCCAGAGCAAGAUUUGGCCCCCUGGGAGCAGGCAGAGUUUACCUGUGGCCCUCAUGUGCUGCGGAUGUUCCAGGAACGACAACUGCUGUGUUGGGACCCCAUGGAUCCCGAUUGCCCCGGCAGCCGCUACAUGAGCGAGUUCCCCGGUGUGAAGUAUGGCAUUUAUAUUCCGCCCCUGGGGUGGCACUGUGGGUGUGACGUUCGCAGGGGGAUUGCACUCUUCCGAACCCGGCUGAGUGGGAAGAAGUCUCGCUCGUUACACUCCCGAAAACCAAUAUAG